AAAAUGAAACCCCUGAAUUAGCUGAUAUAAUCAAAUCUACUAGGAUUAUUCAUGUAGACACCCCUCCUUUAAAAGGCAGCCCAAAUAUGGUUGAAUCUCAUAAGGAAGCUCGUAAAGCCUCUCGCCGAAAAUUGAUAGCACACUUAAAUAAUUGUCAAGGUAUUUACCAUCCGAGUAAUUUACACACUUUCGAGGAGCGGGUGUCGGACUAUUUACCUGAGGAG